CUUCCAGCUCCAGCUCGCCUGUCUGCGAUCACUCCUUUGCUCUCAUCCAGGAAGCCAUCAUGUCUUGCCGCUCCUACCGUGUCAGCUCUGGUCACCGUGUGGGCAACUUCAGCUCUUGCUCAGCAGGGAUCCCCCGAAACCUGAACCGCUUCCGGGCCAGCUCUGUCUCCUGCAGGAGCGGGCCCAGCUUCCGGGGCAUUGGCGGCUUUGGUAGUCGGAGCGUCAUCACCUUUGGAUCAUGCUCACCCCGGAUAGCGGCUGUAGGCCCUCGUCCCAUCCGCUGUGGAGUUGGCUUUGGUGCUGGCAGUGGGAUGGCCUUUGGCUUUGGUGAUGGGAUUGGUGCUGGUCUGGGGUUUGGGGCCGGCAGUUGCCUUGGCUAUGGCUUCGGCGGCCCUGGCUUUGGCUACAGAGUUGGAGGAAUUGGAGUCCCAGCAGCUUCAUCUAUCACACCCGUGACUGUUAACCAGAGCCUGCUGACCCCCCUCAACCUGGAGAUUGACCCCAAUGCCCAGAGGGUGAAGAGGGAUGAGAAGGAGCAAAUCAAGACCCUCAACAACAAAUUUGCCUCCUUCAUCGACAAGGUGCGGUUCCUGGAACAGCAGAAUAAGCUCCUAGAGACCAAGUGGAGCUUCCUCCAGGAGCAGAAAGGUGCCAGAAGCAACCUGGAGCCCCUCUUUGAGAACUACAUCACCAACCUGCAGAGGCAGCUGGAUAUAGCGAACAGUGAACGGGCCCGGUUAGAGGCUGAGAGGAACCAACUGCAGGAUGUCCUUGAGGGUUUCAAGAAGAAGUAUGAAGAGGAGGUAGUAUUCCGGGCCAACGCUGAGAAUGAGUUCGUGGCUCUGAAGAAGGAUGUGGAUGCAGCUUUCUUAAAUAAGGCUGAACUAGAGGCCAACGUGGACACCCUAACACAGGAAAUUGACUUCCUGAAAACCCUCUACGCGGCGGAAAUCCAGUUGCUGCAAUCACACAUCUCAGAGACAUCGGUCAUCGUGAAGAUGGACAACAGCCGGGACCUGGACCUUGAUGGGAUCAUCGCCGAAGUCAGGGCCCAGUAUGAAGAAGUUGCCAAGCGAAGUCGGGCUGAUGCUGAGGCUUGGUACCAGACCAAGUAUGAGGAGAUGCGGGUGACAGCUGGCCAGCACUGUGACAACCUGCGCAACACACGGGAGGAGAUCAAUGAGCUGACCCGCCUGAUCCAGAGGCUGAAGGCAGAGAUCGAGCACGCCAAGGCUCAGCGGGCCAGGCUGGAGGCCGCGGUGGCUGAGGCCGAGCAGCAGGGCGAGGCCGCCCUCAACGACGCCAAAUGCAAGCUGGCGGAUCUGGAGGCCGCCCUGCAGCAGGCCAAGCAGGACAUGGCGCGGCAGCUGCGCGAGUACCAGGAGCUCAUGAACGCCAAGCUGGGCCUGGACAUCGAGAUCGCCACCUACAGGCGCCUGCUGGAGGGCGAGGAGAUCCGGAUCUGCGAAGGUGUCGGACCAGUAAACAUAUCUGUGAGCAGCUCCCGGGGCGGCGUGGUGUGCGGACCUGAGAGCCUGGUCACCAGCUCCACCCUCUCCCGCAGUGGGGUCACCUUCUCGGGCAGCAGCAGCAUCCGGCCCAGCGGCGCCUGCGGCUCGAGCCUGGGCGGGGUCGUCGUGGCGGGCGGGGACCCGCUGUGCGCUGGCUCCCGGGGGGGCUCGGUGCUCGUGGGCGAGGCCUGCAUCCCCAGCGUCCCCUGCCCGCUGCCCACCGAGGGCUUCAGCAGCUGCAGUGGGGGCCGCAGCUCCAGCCUCCGCUUCGUGUCCACCACCACCCGCCGAACCAAGUACUGAGACGCAAGCCCUAGCCAGCAACCGCCCAGAGAAGAACCAGCUUAAUGUCUCCUGCUUCUGUCCCGGAGGCGCCUGGACUCUGGGCCCAAGGGGUCUCCAGCUACCCUUCUCCUGCCAGGAAGCCGACACUCAGCUCUCCUUCCCUCACUCCUGGGGCUGCUCUGCCUGGCCCGUGUCCUCUGGGGGGAUUUUUUUCACCACCUAAGCGCUCCAUCCGCAGCCCCAGCCAGAUUGGCUUCUCCCUGACUCCCAAUUUGCUUCCUUUGGAUCACUCCUAACCAUCCAGCUAACAGCCUCAAGAAAUGCAGAUUCAACACAAUUACAAAAAUCAGGGCGCCAGGGAGAAAAGGAACAGUUCAAAGCCAAAAAGAAGAUUUGGGCACCACCACCACCCAUGGCUUUGGAUUAAUUUGGAGAAUGUAGAGUUGACUGUCCACACUUCAGGCGCCCUUCGCCCACCAUCCUUUGCUUCCUUCCUCUUCCUUUCCCUGGCAGGAGAAGGUUCUUUCCUUCUCUUCCUGACCCAGAAGGAUCCACAGUCCUUGGUAGCCCAAGGGAUCCCUAAGUCCCCCAAGAUGGUUCUUCUCCGAGUGGCGUACGUCCUGGCUGCUUCGCUUCCUGGGUUGUUGGCUUAGCUCUGGAUGUGAGUCCACGAGGCGGGUGGCACGCAGGUGGAGAGGUGGGCUCUGCAGCACUCCCGCUCCCCUGCCCCUGUUGUGUGUGGGGGAGGCCCAGCCUGUCUGCUACAGGAGGGUUUCUGUCUGCACAUUCCAGGAAGGCUUGGGGUAGGUGGGGUGCCUGUUUGUACUGCUCUUUGUGUUCCUGGGUAUUCAAUAAACUUGCCAAGCUAACA